GCUGAGGAAGAGCCAGCAAAAGGAAAACAAAAACAGAUUUUACGAAUCGCAUUGCUGCUGCCGUUUUCGUAUCAUGUCUGAUUAUUUUGAUGAAUUGGGCCACACACCCACCGGACCGGAUGGACCUAAUGAUUUGGAAAGAAACUACCGCCGCCUCCAGGUGUUGGCCAUUAUGAAUGGCAUUGAUAUGGACAUUGAGGUACCAGAGGCAUCCAAACGUGCUAUAGCCGAACUGCCAAGCCAUGAGCUCACCGAAGCUGAUUGCAGUGGUGAUUUGGAAUGCUCUGUGUGUAAAGUGGAGGCAACAGUUGGGGACAAAUAUAAGAUAUUGCCAUGUAAACACGAGUUUCACGAGGAGUGCAUACUGCUCUGGUUGAAAAAGGCCAACUCGUGUCCAUUGUGCCGCUAUGAACUGGAGACCGAUGAUGAGGUAUAUGAAGAGCUACGCCGAUUCAAGCAGGAUGAAUCGAAUCGCCGCCAUCGUCAAGAUACCAUUAUGGAUUCCAUGUUUGGCUAGAUUUCAAAAACCAUUUAACAAUAUUUUUUUGUCCUCUACAUGUCGCUUAGUUCUUAAAAGGAAAGUUGGUAAAAUUAUGGUUUAUGUUUCAAUUGCAAUAAAUUAUUAUAUUCAAGUA